AUGUACAGGCGCCACGACCAGUUGGAGCAGCAGCUUGCAGUCAAUGCACGCCGCGUGUACGGUGAACAGCUGAGGGCAGACGCAGAGCGCAGGCGCCAGGUGCAAGAGGAAGCAAUGCAAGAGAAGGAGAAGGACACGCGAAUGGUGAAGAAGAUCUUGAAGGAAUACCAGGAGGACGUGGCCAACGAGAAGCAGUUUAGGAAGCAGACCCACGCCGUCCGAAGGUCGCCAGCAUCACAUUUGCGCGCCUCGUGA